CAGGCUCUGUGCAGCUGUAGGAGGAGUUUGUGGUCACCUCCCCCUUUGAGACGCUGCGGCCAGAUUCCCCCACCGAGGUACCACCUCAGCCGCCAAGAUGUCCAGCAAACGUGCCAAAGCCAAGACCACCAAGAAGCGUCCCCAGCGCGCCACCUCCAACGUCUUCGCCAUGUUCGACCAGUCGCAGAUCCAGGAGUUCAAGGAAGCCUUCAACAUGAUCGACCAGAACCGCGAUGGCUUCAUUGACAAGGAGGAUCUGCACGACAUGCUGGCUUCCCUUGGGAAGAACCCCACCGACGAGUACCUGAAAAAAGGCAUGAUGAGUGAGGCACCAGGGCCCAUCAACUUCACCAUGUUCCUCACCAUGUUCGGGGAGAAGCUGAAUGGCACCGAUCCAGAGGACGUCAUCCGCAACGCCUUCGCCUGCUUUGAUGAGGAGGCAUCAGGCUUCAUUCACGAGGACCAUCUGCGUGAGCUGCUGACCACCAUGGGAGACAGGUUCACUGAUGAGGAGGUGGAUGAGAUGUACCGGGAGGCGCCCAUUGACAAGAAGGGCAACUUCAAUUACGUGGAGUUCACUCGCAUCCUGAAGCACGGGGCCAAGGACAAGGACGAUUAGAGCCCAGGGCCGCUCACCCCCCUCUGCCUCCUCCUGCACAUGCCCCCUGCCCCUUGGCCCUCCUUGCUGCCCUUCAGCAGGCUCCCCCCACAGG